GCGAAAGCGAAUGCUCCUGGCUGCCGGCUGGUCCCGGAGCUGAGCUCGCUACCUCCCAGAGACCCCAGCCUUGCGUCCCGGUGGGGCACUGCGAGGGACGAUCAACCAUGGCUUCGCGGCAGCUCUCGGGCUGUGGAGUCCACGCCCUCCAGGUGUUGCUGCUACUGCUGCUGCUGCUGCUCCCGCUGCGGGUGACACCGGGUACCACAUGUCCAACCCCCAUAUCUGUUGAACAUGCAGACAUCCGGGUCAAGAACUACAGUGUGAACUCCAGGGAGAGGUAUGUCUGCAAUUCUGGUUUCAAACGGAAAGCCGGCACAUCCACACUGACUGAGUGUGUGAUUAACAAGAACACAAACACUGCCCACUGGACAACUCCUAACCUCAAGUGCAUCAGAGAUCCCUCCCUGGCUCACCAGAGUCCAGUGCUACCUUCCACAGUAGUGACGCCAAAGGUGACCCCACAGCCAGAGAGCCCCUCCCCUCCCGAAAAAGAGCCAGAAGCUGUAUCUCCCAAAUCAAAUACCACAUUGACCACCCAGACAGCUAUUGUGCCAGGCUCCGGGCUGACACCAUCCCAACCAGCUUCUGCAGGAACUACAGUGACAGGCAGUCAUGAGUCCUCCCGAGCCCCAUCUCCUGCAACAACAACGACCUUGGAGCCUACUGCUUCCCCUUCCCUCGGGAUACCAGAGAUUUCUCCAAACACCUCCAAAGUGACCAAAGAUGUACGGAAGAGCACUUGGUGCAUACAGGGACCUGCAGACAUCAAAAAAGGGCAUCAGAUCCCCCUGGAAUGGAUUUUAAAAGACACAGGGGUUGGGAGGAUGACUCAGUGGGUAAAGGCGAUGCCGUGCACGUGUGAGGACCUGAGCUGCUGUGUGGGGUCUAUGAACUGGACCCAGAUCCUCGCGAGAGAAUGGCCAUCUCCACAUCGGUCCUGGUCCUCCUGGUUGGUGCAGGACUUGUGCUUUUUCUUGUCAGGUGCAUCAGAUCAAGGCAAGCUUCUCAGCCACAUGAUGUUGCAAUGGAAACCAUGGAAUCAGUGCCAAUGACUGAGGACCAGCAGCAAUGAGGACGACACAGGAGCCUAACCUGGCAACCGCCGAAACUCAAGGAAACCCGCCCAGCUGAGUCUAACGAGAACACAUAAUGGCAGCUCCGUGUUAGCUAAGGAGUACCAGGACACAGGGAGCUGGGCACCAGGAGGAAGUGCACCGUGGUAAUACAAGGUUUCUGGAACGACCUGCUUUACUGCAUCUGGAUGUCUCCCAUGUGCACACCUGGGUUCUCUGGCAACUGGAAGGACACCACCCAUCUACCUGGCUCAGCAGAGAGGCCGGCUUCCCAAAGUGCCAGCAGCUUGAGCUCUCCUGGGAGACUCUCAUGGUCUCCAUAAAAGCCUCUGAUUUCACUCCAACAUCGACUCAAAAUAGCUUAUCAGCUAGGCCAGUGGUUCUCAAUCUAUGGGUCGUGGCCCCUUUGGAGGGGAGGAGCAUCAAACAACCCUUUCACAGGGGUCACAUAUCAGACGUCCUGCGUAUCAGAUAUUUACAUUACCAUUCAUAACAGUAGCAAGAUUACAGUUAUGAAGUUGUAACAAACAAUUUUAUGGUUGGGGGGGUCACCGUAACAUGAGGAAUUACAUUAGAGGGACACAGCUUUUGGAAGGUUAAGAGCGCCACUGUGAUAGACUCUCUUUUCUGUCCCCUACCCUGAUUUACAGUUUACAGAGCUGAGCCAUACACCAAAGGCUCCCACUCCACCCCAAGGCUCCCCUGGCACUGGGGAGUCUUGUAAAGAAGACAGCAGCACUUGAACUCCUGAAGACUUGGUUAUUGCUGCUUUGCACCUAUUGAAAAAGAGGAGAGGAAGGCAGAAGCGAUAUUGAGCCAGUGAAUCCUUUGUAUA